AUGGCCAAAAGGGAUUGUUUUGAUCAGUGGAAACCGGUGGUUGCGAUGGUGGGCGUUAGUUUUGCCUCGGCCAUUGUUAACAUAUCACUCAAGAAGGCCCUGAAUCAGGGAAUGAGCCAUUUGCUCUUUAUCACUUACAGGCAAUCCAUCUCUGCUAUUUUCUUGAUCCCCAUUGUCUGUUUCUGGGAAAGGAAAUGCUGGAAACAUCUCACUUGUGGCAUAUUAUGCAGUCUUUUUUUCAGUGGACUACUCGGGGCAACCCUUACUCAAUACUUCUUCCUUGUUGGGCUUAGAUAUACAUCACCAACGUACACUUGCGCUUUCAUUAACGUGGUGCCAGUGAUUACAUUUAUGUUGGCCCUGCCACUUAGGCAGGAGAAAGUUAACUUGAAAAUUUCAAGUGGAAGAGCAAAGGUGUUGGGCACAAUAGUUUGUGUUGGAGGAGCCUUAGUUCUAAUCCUGUACAAAGGAAUGCCAGUGAUCAAUGCGCCUAAAUCAUCCCCUGCAAUGCUCCAGAAAGCCAAGCAUGAUACCGAAAAUUGGGUUAUUGGUUCCAUAUUUCUUGCGUUGGGUGGCAUCGUGUGGGCUUCAUGGUUUCUCAUUCAGUCUUGGAUUGGAAAAUUUUACCCCUAUCAGUAUUGCAGCACAGCUCUUUUGUGUUUCUUCAGUGCUAUCCAAUCAGCCAUCUUAUGUGUUGCCGUCGAAAGACCCAAUUCUUGGACCCUCAAAGGACCAUUACAGAUUUUUACUAUCAUUUAUGCUGGAAUCGUGGGAUCAGGUCUGGGCUACGUAAGCAUGUCAUGGUGUGUAAAACAAAGGGGGCCUGUUUUCACUGCAGCAUUUAGUCCUUUCCUACAAAUCUUUGUUGCUAUCUUUGGUGUCUCCUUACUUCAUGAACAGAUAAAUCUUGGAAGCAUUUUGGGAUCCAUUCUUGUUAUAAUUGGUAUGUAUAUUCUUCUAUGGGGAAAGAGCAAGGAAGCAGACACUGAUCACAAGAAUGCUUCUGAAAAAGUUGGAGAUUGCAACCACACCUUGCCAGUCACUACACCAACAGCUGCUGGCUCAAUAACUUCUGGAUAA